UCUCUUAAGUUGAAAGUGGAAAGGUCAACAUUUGUUCAGCUAUACGGACAUUCAGGAAAGAUUAUGGCUAUCUGCAUAUGCAAAAGUUACAGCAUUGUAGUCACCAGUAGUAUGGAUUGUACAAUGAUUAUUUGGGAUUUGAAUAGAUUACAGUACGUACAAAGUAUUUUUGAUCAUAAAAAUCCUGUCAAACUCUUAACAAUAAGUGACACUUUAGGUGAUAUAGCAUCAGUUAGUAAUAGUGACUUGGGAAGUUAUUUAAAAGUGCAUACAAUAAAUGCAAAACUUGUCGGGACUGUAUAUACUCCUAUCCCCAUUACUGCAAUCUGUUACUCAAACGCAAAAGAAGGAAUUUCUGUGAAUGUGAUUGUAACAGGAUUUCUUGACGGUACCAUAAAAUUAUGGAACUCCUGGAAUUUAAAUUUGGCAUCAGUAAUUACAACAGGAAACUUGCAAUAUCCAAUCAUAAGUUUAACAUAUUCAGAAGAUAAUCAGCAUUUGUAUGCUGCUAACAAACAAGGAAUUGUGACAAUGUGGAAAAAUCCUAUAAAAGGGAUUAAGGAGAGUCGCUUUCUUACUCUGAAAUAAAUUCAUUUUAAAAUGGAAAUGACUUAAUAUAUUAUUAUUAUAAUCAUAAAAUGAUUUUAUAUGUAAAAAAAAUUAUCUACUUCUUAACUGAAUGUGAGAAUUUAAUCUCAUUUUUAAUAUUUUUGUGUGCAUUAAAAAAAGGGCUUAUAUUUUUAAAUCGAGUUGUAUAUUUUUAAUUUUUGAAAUUUAUUAUUGUCAAUUUAACUGCUUUACAGUUCUGAGAAUUGUCCAUUUAUGUUUUUAUAUUGAAAUAUUUGCUGAAAUUAUUUUAUAUUUAUAAAUAUUUUUGUAA